AUGACUUAUACACUCUUCAUCGGAAACAAACGCUACUCUUCCUGGUCCAUGCGACCCUGGGUCCUCCUCAAGGCCCUCGACAUCCCUUUUGAGGAGAAGCUCCAUCUUUUCAAGCCCGGCCCUCGCCAACCUCACUUCAUCGCCUUUUCUCCCACGGGUAAAGUGCCCUGCCUGCAGGACGGAGACACGUCGAUCCUUGUCUGGGAUUCUCUCGCCAUCUGCGAGUACAUCGCCGAAAAGUACCCCGCCGCGUGGCCUGCUGAUGCUGCGGCUCGUGCGUUUGCGAGAUCUGCUGCGGCAGAGAUGCAUUCUGGAUUCAACGCCAUACGGGAUGAGUGCAGUAUGAAUGUUGGUCUGAGGAUUGAGUUGGGAACGCCGAGCGAGGCUCUGCGGAGGGAUAUCAACCGUUUCAACGCCCUGUUCAAGGAAGGAAUCGAAAAGUUUGGAGGCCCGUGGUUGGCCGGGGACAAGUUUACCAUCGUGGAUGCCAUGUAUGCGCCCAUUGCAUCGCGCUGCAAGACAUAUGGCGUCGAGCUCGACGGCGCGGCUCAGGAAUACGUGGAUCGAUUGUUUGAACAUCCUGUUGUGCAAGAGUGGGUCCAGGAUGGUAUCAAGGAGACGGAGAGGGAACCAGACCAUGAGGAUGAUUGUGUGAGAGGACGCAAGAUACUGCAGGACCUGUCCCAGUAA